AUGGGGUCAGACUCGCGCGAUCUGAACACCCUGCUGCCAGCGGUCCCCGCCCUCCCUGGGGGUGGCGGGAGCUGUGCCUUGCCUGUCAGCAGUGGCCCGCAGUGGGCGCCUGUUCUGGACCUCCAUGGCGCACCACCUUAUGGCUCUCUACAGUCCCACUCCUUCAUCAAGCAGGAGCCCGGUUGGGUGACGGCCGACGCCCAUGAGGACCCCCACUGUGGCAUCAGCGCCUUCACCGUGCACUUCUCAGGCCAGUUCACCAGCACAGGGCCCUGCCGCUACGGGGCAUUUGGAGCACCCCCUCCCAGCCAGCCUCCUAGCAACCAGGCCAGGCUGUUCUCCAAUGGACCCUACCUGUCUAACUGCGUGGAGAGCCAGACAGCCACCAGGAACCAAGGUUAUAGCACGGUAGCAUUUGACAACACCCUCAACUAUGGGCACACCCCCUCACACCCCACCAGCCAGUUCCCCAACCAGUCCUUCAAGCAUGAGGACCCCAUAACUCAACAGACCAACAUGGGUGAGCAGCAGUACCCUGCACCACCCCCAGUGUACAGCUGCCACAACCCUUCAGACAGCUGUGCAGGCAACCAGACACUUCUCCUGAGGAACCACUACAACAGUGAUAAUUUAUACCAAAUGGCAUCUCUGGAAUGCAUGGCAUGGAACCCUGCUAACACGCUGGCAUCCACCAUCAAGAGCAAUGGAACACCAGCUGGAAAUAUAGUCUCAUCUUGGUGGAGCAAAGGCCAAAAUAGCCAUGGCACGGGUUAUGAAAGUGAACCCAGCACACCCAUGGUGUACAGCUGCAGUACCCAGUACCACAUCCACACCCAUGGAAUGUUCCGAGGAAUCCAGGAUGUCCGACGGGUGCCUGGCAUCACCCCCCCCAUUGUGAGGUCAUCAGAGAGCAAUGAGAAGCGCCCGUUCAUGUGUGCAUACCCUGGCUGCAACAAGAGAUACUUCAAAUUGUCCCACCUGCAGAUGCACAGCAGGAAGCACACAGGGGAGAAGCCCUACCAGUGUGACUUCACGGACUGUGGCCGGAGAUUCUCCAGAUCAGACCAACUAAAGAGGCACCAGCGAAGACAUACAGGUGUAAAACCUUUCCAGUGCGAGACCUGUCAGAGAAAGUUCUCACGGUCUGACCACCUUAAGACCCACACCCGGACUCAUACAGGUAAAACAAGUGAGAAGCCAUUCACCUGCAGGUGGCCCAACUGCCAGAAGAAGUUUGCCAGGUCUGACGAGCUGGUUCGGCAUCAUAACAUGCAUCAGAGGAACCUAACCAAGCUACAGCUAGCACUCUGA